AUGUCUCUUCCCUUCCUCCGACCUUCACUGCUCCGCGCUUGCCAACCAUGUUAUAGGCCACAACAUCUCGCUUUACGGCGCCUUGCGACAGAGGUGCCUAAACCACAGCCAACACCACGGCCACGGCCACGAAGGACAAACCGGGAGGUAUAUCGUGAGCGGAAUCGGAAUCUGCUGAUGUACAGUAGCGCUGUUAUAAUAGCAACUCUCGGCGUGACCUACGCCGCCGUCCCUCUCUACCGCAUAUUCUGCGCGGCAACAGGCUUUGCUGGCACCCCCAACGUCGAGGGGAGAUUCUCUGCCGACCGCCUCGUACCCGUGACCUCCGCCCGCCGGAUCAAAGUCCACUUCAACGCUGACCGCGCCGAAGCCCUGCCCUGGACAUUCACCCCCCAGCAGAAAUUUGUCACGGUCCUCCCCGGGGAAACCAGUCUCGCGUUUUAUACCGCGAAGAACACGUCGAAGCAAGACAUCAUUGGCAUCGCGACAUACAACGUCACGCCCGACCGUGUGGCCCCGUAUUUCUCCAAGGUCGAGUGUUUCUGCUUCGAGGAGCAAAAACUGUUGGCUGGGGAAGAGGUCGAUAUGCCGCUUUUGUUCUUCAUCGACAAGGACAUGCUGGACGACCCCGCGUGUCGCAAUAUAGACGACAUUGUGCUCUCUUACACCUUCUUUAGGGCAAGGAGAAACCAGCAAGGCCAUUUAGAGCCGGACGCGUCAGAAGAGGUGGUCCAGACUUCGCUAGGGUUUGGAGGCUACGAGCAUGCUCCCAAGAGCAAACAACAAUGA